UCAUGGCGACCGAGAAGCCCUUUUUCGGACAGAACGCAUUCGGUGGGUCCCUCAAGAACGUGCCACAAUCGCCGCCCCUUCCUAACCGAUACAUUCUGAGUGACAUGUUGAACAUCCCAGCCAUCGAUCAGUCUCCCGACAUAAAGAAGGUCGCAGUAGCAAGACACACCGCCAAAUCAAAGAACCUGGCGAUGCAGCGGAAACUAGCCAAGUCAAAGUGGAGCAAAGAAGAGGACAGUUUGUUGAAGUACCUGGCUGAGAAGGAGAACGGUACUAAAAACUGGAGGGAGAUCGCUCUUCAUAUACCCGGGCGAACCGCUAUAGAUUGUCUGCACAGGUGGCAGAAAGUUGUAAACCCUUCCUUGGUGAAAGGUCCGUGGACCAAAGAGGAGGACGAACAAGUCCGUGAUCUGGUUAAGAAGUAUGGUCCUAAGAGGUGGUCCAUGAUAGCCAAACACCUGAACGGCAGAAUCGGGAAACAGUGUCGAGAAAGAUGGCACAACCACCUGAAUCCGGAGAUAAACAAGAACCCCUGGUCUGAAGACGAAGACAGGAAGAUAGUAGAAGCCCACCAGAGACUCGGAAACAAGUGGGCUGAGAUUGCUAAACUCCUACCCGGCCGAACUGAUAAUGCUAUAAAAAACCAUUGGAACAGCACUGUAAAGAAAAGGCUCGGAAAGGAAAACGUAAAUCAUGUGAGUGGUAUGAGAAAUCCAGCCAAGAAGACAACCGCUGCAUCUUAUCCCCAGAGAGUUUCCCAUGAUAUCAACGCUAUGAAGAUGAGACAGCGACAGAUGGAACUGCAAAACCAGAGACUCCACCACCACCACCAGCACAACCUGCAACAACAGAUAGGCAGACAGUGCAGACACCCUCAGAACAACAAACCCCUACACAGAUCUGUGGAUACUGGCAUGGCACCACCACCUACUGGUCUCCAUGAUCAAUCAGCAGGAGCGGUAUCUCCUGGCAAUGUUGGAAGAGUGUCUCCUAAUAUGGGCAUUCUCGUUAGAGGAAGCAGAGAGGAGGGUGUACCAAGUUGCCGACAAGAAACAGUAGUCACAACAACUAAACCUCGUACUACUCCAACUCUGUCGGACAGUGGCUUUGCUGAGUCACACACCCCUGAUAAUAAUGCUAUGUUGGCUCCUUUCCAUCCAGUUGGACAUUCUACCCCAGUAAGAAGAUAUCCCAACAACUCAGGGAUCACCUACCUAUCUCCUAUUAACAUCUCAACAGACAUGUCUCAUGAUAGCACAUUCUUUGAGGACGUUGACAUGGCAGUUAACGUUACCCCGGGACGAAGCGUCCUCUCCCACAGCAUUGUUAAAAACACCGCUUCAGCUGUUAACACCACUAUUAACAACGCUCUUAACAACACCACUGAUACUGUCGUCAACACCAGUGUGGUUAAUAACACCAACACCAGCUUCACCUCUCUACCCCUCCCUCACUCUCAUCACCAUUCCAUGUGCUCCAACUCACGACUUGACAAGAUCAAGGUUUCUACGAAGAAAGGAGAGAAAGAGGAUCCGUUUGGAGUUUUCAACUUCACCUCCCCUUCAAUGAGGAGACGAGAUGGAGAAGAAUCGUCCUCUGAUGAAGACUCCAGCUCCGAAUCCGAGUCUGAAACAGAAGAGCCGGUCACGCCCAAGGUUGUGGAACGCACAAACUUCGCCUGCCCCUCGAAGAGCAGCGCCCCACAACAAGCGAUACAGACCACGCCCAAACAGCUGCCAGUCACACCCAAACACAAGAUAAAAGUUUCACCCUCAGUCUUCAUCAGCCCUAAUCCCAACAACUCUGGGAUCAACCACCGUCUCGGAUACAGCCCUUCUGAUUUCCUAAACACACCCAAGAAAGGGGCGAUGGGUUCGCCUUCAAUGGAACCUUCACCCUUCAGUAAAGCAAUGGCCGCCACUGAGAAGAAAUACGGUCCAUUAAAACGCCCUUUUGAGGAUACAGUAGGAGAUGACGAUUGGGAAGAAGACAUCAAAGCUUUGAUCAGGGAAGAAGAAGCAGAAAGAAAGAGGAAGAUGAGCCUAAACAUUCCUUCCCCUCUUGACUUUAAGUGUAAACGGGCGAGAUUCCAUGAUGUAAACCCUUCUGCGAAAUGCAGAGUCAAUCUCUCCUCCAAACUCGAAGCUUCACCUUCUCUUGAGGAUAUGGAACAGUACUUACUGAAUGACGCAUCACUCGUCAAGAUAGAACCAGAAGAUUUGGAGUGCAUUCUCAAUGAAAAGACCCCGCCGUACUACCACAGCCAGGCGUUUGAUCUAGAGGUUCUGAUGAACGCCCCAAGUAAAUCCUGUUUUGAAUGGGAAGAUAUAGUCCUGGGAGGAUCAGAGGACCAGAAGUGGAUGACAGACGUAGCAAGGGAUUAUGUCAGUAGAGUACUUACGUUCUGAACUUACGGGAAGGACUGACACGGAGUUUAAUCUGCUCCCGACCUGGAAGAUAACUGAAGUGUGGUGAAGAGUGAGAGUUUAUUAAAGUCUGAAGAUGGGGAUUGUUGAGAUUAUGAUUGAUAAAGGAACGACAGAUUAAGUUUGACUUAUUGAAGGAAUUUGAAGUAUUUGAGUGCAUAUGAUUUUUACAGAGCGAUUUGAAGAUUUGGACUUAUUGAGAUUUUGCCUUAAAAACUCUGGGUUUCUACAUCUGGAUGUGGAUAUUAACGCUAGUUGUUGUAGUGAUUACCAUAACAAUAACCUUCCUAGAGUACGUAAUGCAUUCCUAGAGUGCGUAAUGCAUGAAUUCGUACAAGUUUAGUUCGUAUAUUCUUUGAAUUUUAUUUGAGAAAAUCGUGACCAACUUUGAACCUAAGAUAUUUUGUGACAAUUUCCCACAGUUUUCGCACAUGUUUUUAAUGGUAAUUUUAACAGGUUUUAUUUGAUUUUUAAAAACUAUUUUAACCUCUUGAAUGAUGAACACACCUAUCGAAGAACAUGAUAAGGCUAAAUAUUUCAAUUUUAACAUACUUCUACACAUUACACAACCUACCUCCAGUCAAUGCAUGAGUAGUUUCCAAACGAGAUCCUAAUCGGCUGAUACGAAAUAUUCAAAAUAAUUACGAUGAUAUAUUUUUCUAAGAAUUGUUGAUUUUUGUACUUUUGUAGUAUUUAUACAUUAUUUGGAUGCACUUUCAUUCUCUUACUCUGGCUUAGUACAAUGUGAUAAAAUAUUUUUAAUGAGCCAGUUACCUUGGAACUCAAGGGCUGGCUGAUGAUUGUUGGACUAUCGAAUAAAAAUACAGAACUUUGCCAGAGUAAGGGAAUUUAGUCGUGUUCCAUGGUAUUAUACAGAGUGGUCUUAAAACAAGGCCCUGUAAAUUGAUGAAUUAUUGAAGGGAAUUUGAUAGAAACUGGGUUUUCUCUUUUGCUUAAAAUUAUUCUUAUCUGUCAGAGAUAUCAUUUGCAUGUUUUUUGUUCAUAAAACAGCUGGAUAUCAAGGAUUGCCUCUAAACUUCCUCGAAAUUAUGCUAAAUUUCGUGAUAUAGUUGACUUUAAUGUGUAGAGACAUACAUUUACGUUGCAAGUUAUUGUUACUGUUAUUUCCAAACUGGAUAUCAGCAGUUUAUUAUCUUUGAAUCAUGAGUGCAUGGAAUAUUUAUCAGCUACAAGAACGAAAAUAUUUAACAAUAAUCGUUACCGUCUUAAAUUCUUUAUCACUUUUCCUUGUUAAACUCAUUGUUGAUUAAUAUAGUAGCGCUGAGCUCUUAUUUUCUUACGAUGAGGAAUGUACAUAUAAUAAGCAGCCAAUCGCUUCGAAAGCUUAUUGGUGCUACUGUAUAAUUUUGAUUAUAUGUUGAAUAUACCUCCUAUAUAUAUGUAUUGUGCAUUAUACAAAGUUGUCUUGUACAUGAUA